GUUUAGAUAAACGAUGUGAAAAUAUUUAUUUAUAGAUUAAUAGUAAUUUCCGAAUCUUUUAAAACAAUACACAAAGAAAGCUAGACAUAUAUUCACAUACAUUAAAGGAAAUAUGAAUUUUUCUACUAUAAUCUACGAACGUACAAAGCGAGGAGAGAGUACCAACAGAUUUGAAGAAAAUGUAGAAGAUUUUCUUAUCAAACUUUUUAAGGAUGUAUUGGUAGAAGAAAGGUGGGCGUCAGAGAUAUCUGAUUUGAAAAGUGCUACAAGAGAAAUGAUGGAACGUUUCAUCAUCGAAGCUUUUGAAUUCACUGAUGAUUACAACAAUGAAAUUUUGAAGAAGUGUUUAAAACCUGUAGGAAGUAUGGAAGAUGGUACAAGCAUAUGCAAACCGGAUGAAUUCGAUUUCAUUUUCGAAAUUCCAUAUCCGGGCUUUGAAGCAAAGCCAUCUACCAACCCGACCACACUUUAUUUUCCGACCAGCAAAUGUCCAAGACUUGUUGUAAAGCCAUGCGACGUGAGAUUUCGCCGAUUGUUUCAAAAUCAAGCUGAGGUGCAAUCUACAUCAUUCUUACAACAUUUUUGUAUGAAGUUCACAAAAGCAGUUGCUGCCCUAAGUAAAACAGAACCGGUCAAAAGAGGUAAUUACCGUUUACAAAUGCUUGAUCCAAGUGAUGACCAUUGCAGCAGCGGAUUUCAAGGACCAGCAUUUCAUCUACACAACCAUCUUGUGUGGAUUUCACCUUCAGGUCACGAGCAUUUUGUUUCCAUUGACUUAGUUCCUGUAGUUGUACUACAAGAUGAGGAACUCUGCAGACAGGUGCCAAAGUUUGACCAAAACGAUGAAAACGAUUGCGAGCAUGAAUUACCAACAAAGUAUUAUCUUAUACCAAUGAAGAGUAGAUCAAUUCACUCAACAGUGGUAGUUGCCUUUGAUGGGGAAGAUAAUGAAAUGAUGAAAGAUUUCGCUCUUUCAAAUUUUACAAUAUCAUUUGCUGAUUACGAAAAUAGUAUAAUGAAACAGUGGAAAAGCGAGAUCUCGGCAUACCAUAACUGGUACAUCUGUUACACAUUGAUGAAAUGUUUUGGAACCAUUGACCAUACCUGUUCUAACUACGUAAACAUAGGGGAAUCAGGAACCGUAAGUUUAUCUAUCAGUGGAGUUGUUUCAAUUCCAGAGCGCAAUGAAUCUUUAUCAAGUUAUGCUUGGAAACUUCUGAUAUUUGAACAAGCUAAGAUAUACGACGGGCUGCAACUUUCUCUAUAUGAAUGUUUCGUCUCCAUCAUAUCCAUGUUCAAAUCAAGCAACCUAAUCAGUAUACCAGCGUUCACAAUUAAUUCCUUCUGGUGCCAAGAAGUUACGGAGACUGUUUAUCUACUACAGCAGAAUACUUCAGAUCAGAGAACUGAGAUGGUUGACAAAAUGACUGACAUGGUUGACAAAAUGACCGAGUUAAACACGCUAAUACAAGAGAUCUACCAAGACAAAGCAUACACCUAUCAUGUAUACAGAAAUAAACUUGUUACUAUUUUCCCAGAACUGAAAGAAGCUUUAUCAAGUACUGAGCGCUGAACAAAUACAUGUUCAACAAGCAAUAUCUUUCUUAUACUAAGAAAUGGCAGGAAUGUAUAUCAUAUUCGACUUUUUUUUAAUUGCUUCUUUGUGUACAUUGAUACAUGUUGUGUAUUGUAUACAUAUGUUUAAUCUUAAUACUGUAUCUUAUACUGUAAUGCGUAUGUCCAUUAUCUUCCCGCCGAACAUUUCAGUGGUCAUUAACAACACCAUAGAACUAGCAACACGUGUCUGUGUUAUAUAUUACAAGUGCAUGCUCUGUGUACAUAUUAAUAAGUAGACCCAUAAUACAACAAUGCAGAAACAAGAGCACCACUAGGCGGAGCAUUAUAUGCCCGAAAGUGUUUUUUUAGUAAGGAUGAAGCAUUUGUAAGACAUGGGAAUUAGCUGUUCAUCCUAUAAAAUGUUACAGCUGUAGGUUGAUUAAUACUUAAGUUAUUGAGCUGAAACUGUUUUAAACGUUAAUAGUGACUUUGACCUUAUGACCCCAAAAUCAAUAGGGGUCUUCUACCCAAUAUGGACAAUCAUCCCAA